UGUUACCAUGGUCACGAUUGCCACCACUUCGGCAAUGGUGGAUGGCAGGGCAGCGAAGGGGUGAUGGAGAGCGCUGGCCUAGCGUGCACAGACAUCAGUGGAGGGUUGGAGCGUACUCCUGUCUCAUUUCUCAAUGAAGUGGAUGCUGGACAACUCCCUAACUUUGAGUACACCACCACAAAUGUACCGGGCCCUGGAUGCGAUGAGCAGGCAUUUAACGAAGUGUUUGCCAGCUGUAGCUGCCGGCCAGUUUGUGGCUCCCAGUGUCCCUGUGUGGUGCGCAGCAAGCGGGCAGGAUGUGCUGCGGCGAUCGAGUGUUCUUCUCUGUGCACUUGUGGGACCGCCUGCCCGAUCCGCCAUGUCCAGCACGGCCUGCGUUGCAGGCUGCAAGUGUUCAAGACACAAGCAAAGGGGUUUGGUGUCCGGACGAUGGAGUUUAUUCAUCGUGGCAGCUACGUCUGCCCGUAUGCCGGAGAAGUGAUCAGCAUCGAGGUAGCGCGCCAAAGAGUGUCCAAGCUGGCUCGUUGCGAGUCAAACUAUGUGAUGGUGUUGCGGGAAAACGGUGUGGUGACGCUAGUGGUGGACCCAAGGAGCGUCGGCGGUGUCGGGCGAUUUCUGAAUCACUCGUGCGAGCCCAACCUGACUAUUACGCCUGUGCGUGCCGAGUGCGUUGUGCCAGAGCUUGCACUGUUUGCGAAGCGAGACAUCAGUGCGGGUGAAGAGCUGACGUAUGACUACUCUGAUGGUUCCUACUCGUCACCACAGAGAAGCAACACGAAAUGUGCCUGUGGUUCCAAGCGGUGCUUUGGCUGGUUACCCAUGGAUAAACUGGUGCUGGGCUUCUGAAUAUCUGACUGCCUGUGGAAUUUCACCUAAUUAAACUAUCUGCAGUGUUUUACAUUCCACUAAUGUAACAGGCACAUGCCCACAUAGCUAGUGCUGAUUGCUUACUCUCCUAUUAUACGAUAAAGAGGAGGUUUGGAGAACAAGUAGCAUGCAGAAAAUCCUGUAAGACUGAAGUUUUGUAAAUGGACGCAGGAACAUGUUAUUCUUUUUUUUCUUUAUUUGUACCAAUCAAGUGGAAAGGGGUAGCCGUUGCCAAGUAACGGUGACAAAAGUCCUUCGUGUAUUUUCUAUUCCGAUAAAAAAAAACACGUUUCAGCUAUGUACAAUGAUGCCCGUCUUGUAGACGAUACUACACUAGUCACAGCAGUCCACCUCCUUGCACUGCAUAUUUAUUGUUUAAUUGUGUCUGAUUUUGCACUCAUUCAGCUCACCAUAAGUGCAGGAAAAAAUGUACUUGUGAAGUUUACUGGUGGCACUCGGGAAAGAAAAUAAAGUAUAAAUUCUUGA